CCGCGCCCUGCCCGCCCGGCUUCCCACGCCAGCGCCCCGUGGCCGUCGCCUCCGAAGUGAUUGCUGCCUGCCUCGCCCCCUCCGCCGGGCCCGGGACCAUGAAGCUGCUGCCGUCGGUGGUGCUGAAGCUCCUGCUGGCUACAGUGCUUUCAGCGUUGGUGACCGGCGAGAGCCUGGAGCGAAUUCGGAGAGGGCUGGCGGCUGGAACCGGCCACCCGGAUCCUCCCACUGAAUCCACCGACCAGCUGCCGCCCCCGGGAGAUGCGCAGGGCCGGGAAGUCCAAACCUUGGAUGGGACAAACCUGGACCUUUUCAGAGUUGCUUUCUCCUCCAAGCCCCAAGCGCUGGCCACACCAAACAAAGAGGAAUACGGGAAGAAGAAGAAGAAGGGCAAAGGGCUAGGAAAGAAGCGAGACCCCUGUCUUCGAAAAUACAAGGACUUCUGCAUCCACGGAGAAUGCAAAUAUGUGAAGGAUCUCCGGGCGCCGUCCUGCAUCUGCCAUCCAGGUUACCAUGGAGAGAGGUGCCAUGGACUGAGCCUCCCAGUGGAAAACCCCUUGUAUUCUUAUGACCACACAACCAUCCUGGCCGUGGUGGCUGUGGUACUGUCUUCUGUCUGUCUGCUCGUCAUUGUGGGGCUUCUCAUGUUUAGGUACCAUAGGAGAGGAGGCUACAAUGUGGAAAAUGAAGAGAAAGUGAAGUUGGGCAUGACGAAUUCCCACUGAGAGAGACCUGCACUAAGGAAUCAGCUGAGGACUGCUACCUCUGAGAAGACUCAAGGUGGUCGCAGACUCUGCAGAGGAGAAGGAUUUCACAAGGAGUCCUCUGGACUCCUUGUUCCCGGUGGUUACCUAGACUGGGCCUCCCAUCAUUGCUUUGCCAAAACACCAGAGCCUUCAAGUGCCAAACAGAAUAUGUCUAAUAGGAUCUGGGUCAGAAGAAAGCAAAACUAAGGGCCCUUCAUGCCCCUCUGAUUCCCCGCCACCAAACCUCACUUACCCCCAUGCAUUUGUUUAAAUACUUAUCGUCUGGAUUCAAAUGCCAGUUCAAUUCCAUAUGCUCCAGAAUAUUUGACUGAAAGAGAGAGAAGAAGCAGAGGAGGAAGGAAAGAUUUGUGGACUCAGGCAAACAAAGACUGAGAAGCCAUGUACUCAAGUCAUCACCAAGGGAUCUGCCAUUUAGACCCUCCAGCGCUGGAUUUGAUGAGCUAACUGUGAAAUAACACAAGCCCAAGAACUCUGAAUGUUGGGACUUCUGCCCAGAUGGAAAAAUAACAACUAUUUUUUGUUUGUUUAUUUGUUUGUUUGUAAAAAUGACUUUUAAAUUAUAUAUUUAUUUUAUUCUAUGUAUGUUAAUUUAUUUAGUUUUUAACAAUCUAACAAUAAUAUUUCAAGUGCCUAGACUGUUACUUUGGCAAUUUCCUGGCCCUCCACCCUCCACCCUCCACCCUCAUCACCGGGUUCAGGGCCACACUCCUCUGCCACAAAUCCCAGUGGCUCGGUGGCCCAUCUGUAGUAAUUUGUUGUCUGUCUGCAUUUCUGAAGAUCUUCUAUGAUCGGAGUGCUGCAGGGGGGAGUUCUGUACGGUCAGGAUGUAGGAGUUAACUUUUUCGGAUCCACUCUGUGAGUUGGACUGCAGUCUUGCCUAGGCAAUUUUGUCUACCGUGUGUUUUUGAAAGCCGAAGGUGCUGAUGUCAAAGGUGUAACAGAUAUCAGUAUUACCCCAUGUCCUCUUCCUCCCAAAUCUCAAGAGGUUGGGCUCCCAGGCCUGUAGCUUUCCUGGCCCUUCCCCGCCAUGACCCCCAGCUCAUAGGAGCUCACUCUCCUUUGUGUCCAGACAUUUCUCUUACUCCUGCCAUUCUCCUGGUGCUACUCCACGCAGGGGUCAGUGCAGCAGAGGACAGUCGAUGGAAGGUGUUAGCAAAAGGGAAAGAAAGUGAAGGAGGAAUGAGAAGCCUUGGAACUGACUGUUCUUGGUCAUUGGUUACCCGCCAAUUUCUACCGAGUUUGGAGGUGGGGAAAGCUUUUGUGUAAACCCACCCACCUUACCCAAACUACCAAGGUAUGCUGUCUUGGUCCCUUCUGGAAGUUUCUGGUGCCAUUUUUGAACUGUUACAACCUGUAUUUCUAAACCUGGUUAAUAUUUAUACUUUGCAAUUCAAAUAAAGAUAACCCUUACUCCAUA